AUGAAAUAUUUAUAUUCCUUGCGUUGCAGGAAAUUUAUAUGUGUAAAGCAAUAAUUUUGUGAAACAUUUAUUUGCAACGAUAAGUUAUCUUUUAUUUUUACAUACAGAAUGCAUCACAUGUAUUCCUCGAAAAAAGGAGAUCCCCUUUGCCCCCUUGGUUUUCAUCCCCAAGUACGAUGGCCGACCCGUUGCAAAAGAUGCUUCAGAGAUUAUAAGGAACAUGGGGGCAAGAAAGAUAAUUUGAGAGAUAUUACAUCGUCGUCACCUAGUCUAUCAUUUGACCAAUUUUCAAGCAGAUCUGCUGAAAAUGGAAAGCGCGGUUGGUCCUCGGCAACAAAUUUGGCAAAGGAUGACUUUAAAGGAAAUUCGGAGCCAUCGUAUGCAUCAGCCGGUUGGACUUCGCUCAUGGAUCUUUCAGCUAUCGACAACGAAGAAGAGAGAUUAGAAGAUAGGAGGCCAACUAAACUACAGAUUAAAGAAGUCAUAGAUAACAGUAAUGAAAGCGCUUCAGAAAAUGAUGUCGAAUUCAUAAUUCAGGUGAAGAAGUCGAAGACUGGUUCUUCGAAAAACAGGGAAAAGAAUGGAGAAAGACGAAUGGAAAACGAAGAAUGGACGGAAAAAAGUGAGGUGGAACAAUUGAGAACACAAAUAAGAGAAUUGCAAUCACGAUGCGAGAGAUUGGAAAAGGAGAAAAGCGAAAUCUUGAUGAGGCGACUGUCGACCAUGGAAACUAUAUCGAGCAAAGCUUCGCCAAAUGAAAUACAGAAAUUGCAAAAAAAGAAUGAAGCGCUCGUACAAGAAAAGAACAACUUAUUGACCAAGAUAAGAGAGCUUGAAAAAGCGAAUUCAAAGAUGUUCAGAGGAGAACGAGAUCGUGAAAAGGAUGAAUUACGUUCGAAAUUGAAAGCCGCGGAAAAUUUAUGCGAGAAUUUAAUGGAUGAAAACGAAGAUAUGAAGAAGGAAAUUCGGCAAUUGGAGGAAGAGAUAUACGAACUGCAAGAUACUUUUAGGGACGAACAAGCAGACGAACAAGUUCGUUUGCGAAAAAGUUUGGAACAGUCGAAUAAGAAUUGUCGAAUCUUGUCGUUUAAGUUGAGAAAAGUUGAACGAAAGGUGGAGGAGUUAGAGAGUGAAAAAUCAACCCUAGAACAAAAAUACGAAGAGGCAAAAAAAAUUGAAGAAACGUUGCAAAAAAUAAAAGGCGAGUUUGAAAAUAGAAGUCUGAAGAAAGCAACAGAAUUUACAACCAAAGUACAACUGAAAAAAAUGGUAGACGAAAUGGAAAAAGAAAUAGGAGAUAUGAUGAUUAUAUUUAAAAACAUUUCUGAUGGGAAAGACGUGAACAUUCAAGAUAUUAAAUUGAAAGAUAAUCACGUAAAAUAUGAGAAACUUUUAAAAGAGCACGAAUCACUAAAGGAGAAAUUUGAUUCUGUUAUGAAAGAAUUAUCAGAUGAGAAAGAAAAAAAGAAAAUGCAAACGAGUGGUAAGAUCGAGGAUAAAAGUACAGAUUUGCAGAAUUUAAAAAAAAAAUUGGACGAAGCUAUAACAUUGAGAGAAAACGAGAGAAAGGCAUGGGAUCAAGACAAAACAGCAUUGUUAGAAGAAAAAGAGAAGCUAAAGUCGAAGCUCCUCUCUCUAUCUGCGGAAAAACUUAAAGUAUAUAAUGAAACUGUACAAUUGAAAAAGGAUUUAGAAACGGUUAAAUCGUCGGAAAAUGAAAUAACAAAGAUGGAAAAAACAAUAACUGAGUUGAAGAAAGAAUUAAAUCAGGAAAGAGAAAAAUCGAAAAAGUUGCAAGAUGAUUUAUUAGCAUAUACGGAACGGGAAUCAAAAAUGACGCAAUCAAUGAAAUCAAUAGAACAAACGAAAACCAAACUUGAUACCGAAGUAAAACGUUUAAAGAAGGAGUUGGAAACCAUAACGUCAUUAAAUUCCACGAAAAUGAAUGAUCUAACUACAAAGAUUUCAGAAUUAAAGAAAGAAAAAGAGAAAUUGUUAUCUGAAAUUGAUCAAGAGAAACAAUCGAAUGAAACUGAAGUAUCUACUUUGAAAAAGAAAAUCAAUUCAUUGGAAAAAACAGGAUUGAACGCGAAACGGAUGAAUGAAAUGAGGCAAACGUAUAAUGAAAAGAUUUUGAUGACUUAUAUUUUAGAUUUGGAGAACGAGAUAAAGAAAGGCGAAUCAGAGUACGAUAAUUUGAACAGAAAAUAUAACGAAUUGACGAAUUUGAAAAAACAGUUCGAAUCGGAUAAUGAAUCAUUGAAUAGUAAAUUACGAGAACAAAAUACAGAAUUGACAAGCAUUCGCAAAGAAUUAGAAUUACUGAGACAAUCGAUAAAAUUGAAAGAAAGUGAAUGGCGGUCGGAGAAAUCAGCUCUAGAAAAUCGUAUACGGGAAAGUGAAUUGCCAAACAAAGCUUUGAUAACAGAUUUAAAUAAUGAUAUAAGCAAUUUGAAAAAAGAAAACAAUACAUUAGUAACCCGAUUAGAAGAUUUAAGAAAAGCGAACGAUGAUCUCUCUAACAAACUAAAAGAUUACGAAGCAGUAUCGAAGAUCCAUCAAGUUUUGACACCGGACACUACAGCCUUGGAAUCAGAAAUACGAAAGUUAAAAAAUGCCCUUGAAAAUAUGGAAAAGGCGAAGAAAGCUGACUUAGCUCAAUGUAAAAUGCGUUACGAACAUAGGAUCACUGCUAUUAAUGAUGAAAUUCAAGCUAUUCAAAAUCAAUUAUCUAGAUACAAACGCGAGCGUGAUACGUACAAACAUAUGUUGGAAGGUGCUCAAAAAACUAUUGCAGAAUUAAAAUCAGCCAAAGGUAAACAAUCGAAUGCAUCUUCUGGAAAAUCUGAUGAGGAAGAGGAAAUGUCUGGCGUCAAUGCGUUGGUUCUGGAAAGGCAAAUUAAUAGUUUGGAAGAUGAACUUUCAGAAACAAGAUUAGAGGCAUCUAGAUUAAAAGCCGAAUUGGUGUCAGAAAAAUCAGCAAGUCACGUUAAAGUGUCUGAAUUGCAAUCGCGGAUUAACGAACUUGAAGAAGAGAGAGUGCUUUCUAGCGGCAGAACAAAAAUUCCAGGAUUAAAAGUUCGAAUGGAGUUAGCAUGGCAAAAGGAGAGAGAAGAACAUCAGAGAUUGCUACAGGAAACGGCUACAUUGGCGAGAGAUUUACGACAAACUUUAUUUGAAAUUGAGAGGGAACGUUCUAAGGAACGAUUGGAGAAUAAAAGACGACAAGAUCAAUUAAAGAAAGUGUACGACGAAGAAAAAGAAGAAAGCAAGAAGAAAUUGUUGGAGUUACAAUGCGAUUUACUCGAAUUAAGAGACGCUCAUGCAAAACUGAGAACUAGCAAUGAAAAAAUGAGACGUGAAAAAGAACGGCAUGAAAAGGAAAGAGAAGAACUUAAAGAUGUAAUUUUGAAGAAAUGUAAACAAGAACAGAUUGAAUUAAAAAACAUUAAUGUGUUGAUGCAACAAGUCAAUGAUUUAAUGAAACUUUUCCCUGAAUUGAACGGUAUAACAGAAAAUGGAACUGCAAAUACUUAUACACCGACUCCACCUAGACGACUAAAGGGACCAAAAUCGAGGGAAUCGUCACCAAUGUUGGAUGCAAAAAGUGAUAUAAGAGGUUCAAAUUCUCAACUUGGUGAGCGAACAGAAAAAUUAGAAUAUACUGUUAAAAAAUUAAUGGAUGUGGCAAAAGAACUGAAAGAAUCAAAGAAAACAGCAGAUGAAGUAAACGCAACACGAUUGAAAAAACUUGGCAAAAGAUCGACAUCCGUGGAAAGUGACCCAGGAAAAGGUAUAACGACAUCUCGUUCGAAACCACGAUUAAAGAGAAAAAGUUUAUCUUUGGAACAAACAUCAGAACGAAAUGAAGAAUCACGCAUUUGGGGCACCAAUAGCAAUAUGUCUAGUUUGCAAUCAUUAGAAGGUUCAGAUGUUGAAGGACGAGGGUUGAGUUUACAAAGAGAUUCUAGUGUUGAUAGUCGUUUUUCUACGGGUUCUACGAAGAGCGAGAUGUUGGACCGAGAAAAGAAACACGGUAAAGGUAUAAUAAAAAAAAUUACAACCAAAUUAACUAAAUCAGCUAGUGUUGAUGAUCCAAAUAUUUCUGUGGAUCAUUCUCUUCAGACAUCAGGAUCCGAGACAAGCAUUAAUGAGAAAACUACAGAAGAAAAGAAAAAUCUAAAGAAAAAAUUAACAGACAUGUUCAAAAGAGGUUCAAGAAGUGGCAGUAUAGAGAAGAAGAUAAGCUCUAAUAAUAGUAGACCAGAAUCAAGAAAUUCCACAACGUCGAACAAAUUCUAAAAUAUAUCGAUACUACACACAUUUAAAUGUAUAAUGAUUCUGACGACAAAUGAUUUUAAAUUACCACCAAUAAUAUGAAAAUAAGGGAUUUCUCAAUAAUGUGUGAUUAGAAUAUAUACAAAAGAAUAUAAUUUUGUAUACAUAUAUAUCGAAUAUCCCUUUGCUAUCUUAAUCUCAAAUUUACACAAGCAUUUUCAAAUAUUAUAUUGUAUAUAAGUAAAUAUAUAUAUACAAGGCACCAUACGAAACUGCAAAUAAAAAAAACUUAUUAUAAAUAACUA